UACUUUUCUCCAUCCAUAAGCUUCCAUCCAUCUUCUAUCCCUAACGAAAUCUCAACGAUCCAAUCAGAAUUCGAAAUGGCUUCCACCGCCUCGUUCCCUCUCUCCUCUCAAUUCCUCGGCGCCGUGAUUCCUCCGCCGCAGCAGCGGCGUGUUUCCUUCCGCCGUCCGGUUUCCGUAUCCGCCUCCUGCUCGACGGCCGAGAGGACUGCCAAUGUCGCCUCGACGCGUUCUCUGUACGACGUCCUGGGGAUCCGGACAGAGGCCACCGGCCAGGAGAUCAAGGCGGCGUACCGGCGAUUGGCUAGGGUUUUGCACCCCGACGUGGCGCCCGGCAGCAUGUCAGAGGAUUUCAUCAGAGUUCACGCCGCGUAUUCCACUCUCUCCGAUCCGGACAAGCGCGCCAGUUACGACCGCUCCCUGUUCCGAUCUCGGCUCUCUGCGGCAGCGGCGGUGGCUACAGACGGAGGAUAUUCCGUUUUCAGAUCCACUCAUAGGAAGUGGGAGACGGAUCAGUGCUGGUAGCUCUGCAGAAGUUCAUGUCCUGAUUUGAUUUUUAGCUCAGAUCUUAAUACUUGUACAGUAAUCAAUCAACUUUGAUUAAAACCUCCUAAAGCGUUGAAAAUUGAUUGUUUUCUUCAACUUUUUUCAUCUUGCUUGCAUUCAGGCGUUUAUUUGCAGUCUGAAAUUUUCGUGUAAUGAAUGGGAAUGAUAAUGUUCAUAGUCUGUGUAGUUAUGAGUGAGAAACAAAUUUGCAAUCUGAUCUGAUAAAUGGUGGAUCAUAUG